UGUGACCUCAAUCUGUUACCAGCGGUGUGUUGUUUCAGUAAUCAGCGCUGGGCUGUGUAAUUGUGCGUGUACUCUGUAUAUAAGGCAUCGGUGUGUGAAGAAUGGAGAUCUGUCGCUUGACUCACGUGAACCUCUUGAAUCGACCAGCGAGCCUGCGGCAGUUUGGUGCUUUUUGACGGGUCGGAGUCGUUUCAGUGUCUACGGACUGGAUGCUUUCUUUAUUGGAGCGCGAUUUAACUCGGGAAGAUAUUGAUUUAACCGUUAUUUAAUUGCCCGUUGAUGAUGGAUGAAGAGAUGGAUAAUUCCAGCAUCUGGGAGUUUCUCAACAGCACCGAUGGACUGAACGGCGCUCAGUCGCAUCCUACCAUUUACCCGCCAAAAUGGCUAAUCAUUACGGCGUAUGUUAUUGUCCAUACUGCGUGCAUUUUUGGCAACGCCUUGGUAUUGGCCGUUGUAUCCACCCAUCCCAAGAUGCGCGGCAUCACCAAUUUCCUGCUAGCCCAACUGGCCAUCGCCGAUCUCUCCGUGGCGCUCUUCUGCACCGGUCAACACUAUAUCCUCCUUAUCGGCCUAGAAGACUGGAUAUUCGGAUUCGGUCCCGUCGGGCAGGGAUUAUGCAAAGCGUACGGAUUCGUUCGCAACGUGGCGUACAUGUCAUCCAUUAAUGUUCUGAUGUUGAUCGCCCUGGAGCGCUUUUUGGCCAUCGUCCACCCGUUCAGCAGUCGCACCUUCCUCAUGUCACGGACCUCUUUAAAAAUCAUGGUCAUCCUCGGCUGGCUGAUCAGCUGUAUCGUCAGCCUACCCAACAUUCUCGGCUACGAAGCUUUCCCUAACUUUUACGUAGAAUACAUCAACGGCGUCCCGGUAAUCAUCAACCAGACCAUAUGCUCGCGCAACUACAACACCACUUCCCUCUUCUUCACCUACAUUAACUGGACCACGUACGACUUCAUCACCUUCGCCCUGUGGUACGCCGUCCCAGCGACCCUGAUGACGGUCUGCUACGUCGCCAUCAGCCGGCGCCUGUGGAGCUCCAGCAAACCCGAUCUAGGCGUCAACGACUCGUUCCGCCAUACGGUGUCCCUACGCAGCUAUACCUCUGUCUCCUCGCAUCCCUCCUCGCCCGUCCGCACACCGGAACGCGAAGCGAUCAACGGAGGGUUCGCCGCGGCGGCCGCGGUCCCGGUGGUGGAGGAUGUGGAGGAGGAGGACCGGCGCCGGCAGAGCUGUGUCAUCCACAGCCGGCGGAAGGUGGUGCGCAUCCUGAUGACGGUGGUGGCGGUGUUCGUGUUGUGCUGGCUGCCGUUGCAUGUCCGCAAGGCGGUUUUCUAUUUCCACGGGUAUGAGGACUGGAUUGGGGAUGUGUUGAUGCCGGUCAGUGACUGGUUGAUUAAUCUCAACAGUGCACUGAACCCACUGAUCUAUACGGUGUUCUCCCGGAAAUUUCGCCGCUGCGCCUAUGAUAUGCUGACCUGCCAGGCGAUUAAACAGCGCUGGGUGCGCCGGCCCAUGAUAUGAUUACGCUCUUGCCUAGUUUACAAUCAGUGCAUUGUAAAUGCAUCCUCUGCUUACGGAACGAUAUCCGCUCUUUAAUAUUUUUUGCUGUUUCCUUACAAUAUUUUUGUAUUUUCUAUUCCUGAAGCAUACUAUAAAUCUUUCAGAUUACUCUGUA